AUCUGGCCGGAAGUCGUCGUACAUUUCCAGCAGCGAGUUGUUAUUAGUCUGCAAAAUAUUACUUUCUCGUUAAAUAUUGCUUAUUUUAGUUUGUUCGCUAUCCAUAACUAUCAAGAAACCCGACUAAGCUCACAGGUUAAUUCUUCUUCUUCCCUGUUUUGUUAAAAACACCCACCUGUCAAAAUUGAGCUAGCCAGUUAGCCUGUUUUAGCUAGCCAGUGUAAAGCAGGUGGACGCGGUUAUGCAACGCGUACAGUAUUAAUGUGUUUGAUAUAUAACGUUGGCUAUACAAGGACCACUAAUGGCAGCUCGGAAACCCUUCACAGACUCGGAUACCUCCGACGAAGCAGUGAGGGCGACCUGUGACGAUGCAACUACAUGUAAAAGGUUUGCAACCAGUAAAAGCUACUGGAAGGACCCCUAUAUCCAGUAUUUUGCAAGAUCUGUUGGAGAGCGGAAGGCGCCUGAAAUCAAUAGAGGUUACUAUGCCCGCGUUCAAGGAGUUAACCAUCUCCUCGAUGCGUUUAUAAGGAAAACAGAGUGUGACUGUCAAGUAAUCAACCUGGGUGCUGGACUGGAUACCACAUUUUGGAGACUUAAGGAUGAAAACCUCAUGCCACGGAAGUUCUUUGAAGUUGAUUUUCCAACAGUUGUGGCCAGAAAAAUACACAAUAUCAAGACAAAACCGCCCCUGUCCAAACCUCUCAUCGAAACCCACUCCACAGACUCCUUACUGCUCGAUGCUCACAGCCUCGACUCAGACCGUUACUGCAUCAUUGGAGCAGACCUCAGAGACAUCUCAAACUUGGAUGAAAAGCUGAAAAAGUUCCAGCUUAAUCCAGAAUUACCCACACUGUUCCUGUCAGAGUGUGUACUGGUUUACAUGACGCCCUCCCAGUCCUCCAACGUAGUACACUGGGCAGCAGAGACCUUCCACACCGCCAUGUUCAUCAACUACGAACAGGUGAACAUGAGCGAUCGAUUCGGCCAGGUGAUGAUCGAGAACCUGCAGCGUCGCCAGUGCACCCUGGCAGGAGUGGAGGCCUGCCAGUCCCUGGACUCUCAGAAGGAGCGGUUUCUGAAGGCGGGCUGGGAGCAUGCUGAUGCUCUGGACAUGAUGACGGUUUACAGCAUGCUGCCGCAGGAGGAUGUGGAAAGAAUUGAGCGUCUGGAGUUCCUGGAUGAGAGGGAGCUGCUGCAACAACUGCUUCAACACUACAGCAUCUGCUGGGCCACCAAGGACAAACUCAACCUGGGUCUGUCACAGUUGGCAUUUUGAUUGUGAAACCGCCCCGCUGCUGGACAUGAUUUACACGUGCGUACGCCAAAAUCAACAGCAGGAGAAGAAGUGGGAGAGGAGGCUUUGGGAAAGAGGAAACCAAUGUUCUCCACCAAGUCCUCGUCUGGGAACCGUUCUGGUGCGAAAACCCCCGACGUCAGCAGAAUGUGAGUUGACGAGCGUCCUCCGGAGGUCUCGAAGGUAAAAGAUGAUUAGGCUGAGAACUGUGAAGAGGCGUGUCUCUACACUGGCACUCAGUUACCAACUGAAAGAACGGAUCAAGUUUGUUUUAUUCAUUUUCUUUCAGAUAUUUGUCUGCGACCACUUAAAAAUCCGGUUUGGAAAAUCCGCUCACCUGUGCUGGAUAAAAUCAUUUCAGCUGUCAUAUUUCUGUUUUUUUAAUGUUCCAUUUUGAUUUUAUUUAUUCAUCAAUUGUACUUCGAGACUCAUUUUCUUACAAUACAAACACGCAUGCAAUAAAACUAGUGUCAAACUUACAUCGCAACUGCUGGUUAAUUCACAUUUGACCAUAAAAUGUUUUCUAUUAUUAAAACAUUUUUCAAAGGACAUGACAGAUUAGUUUGUGACAGAUUAUAUUUGAUGAAGGCUGUUAAAGCACAGUUGAAUAAAAAGGUCCUUUUGUGUAA